AUGGUGACGCGGGUGGAGGUCGGCUCCAUCACGCCCCUGACAGGAGUGCCAGGCCUCGGUGAGAUCACCAAGGAGGAGACCCUGACGCGGACCUACUUCCGCCAGGCGGGCGACACCUCUGGGGCCCCCUCGGCGCGGCUCUUGGAAGGGAAGAGCCCCCUCCGGAGCCCCGCGCGCCUGCUCCCUCUGCCCAGACUGGCCCCCAAGCCCUUCUUCAAGGAGCGGACCCCGGCCGUGAAGUCCCCGGGGCCCGGCCCGGCCAGGCCCUCUCCCUCCGGUGGGUCGCCCCAGGCCGCGGUGGCCAAGGACCUGGGCGAGAAGAUGCCCAGCCUGGGGGGGCAGGAGGCGGGCGACGAGGGCCUGCCGAGAGGCUCGUCCCUGUUCCCCAAGGCCACGUUCCUGAGGCCCAGCGCCAGCACCCUGAUCCUCUUCGAAACCACCAAAGCCGGCCCUGCCCUGGGGAAGGGGCUCAGUGAAGGGGCCCCCGAGGCCAAGACGGCCGUGUCUCAGGAGUCCCCCUCGGGCUCCAGGCCUGAAGUGGCCGCCAAGCCCGCCCUGCCUGCCCGGAGGCCUGGGGGGACCCUUCCCCGGCCGGCCUCCCUGUCCCAGGACACCAGGCCGGCCGCCACCCGAGAGGACGCAGGCCCCGAGGAGCCCCCCUCCAAGGCCAGCGGCGGGGAGGACGCGGGCAGCCCCGCGGGGGAGCCCCGGCCUCGCCCCAAGAGAAGGCCCGUGUCCGCUAUUUUCACGGACUCCAUUCAGCCGCAGCGGCUGGGCCCCGGCGGGGCGGCCGCGGGGGGGAGAGCACCCCCCACCCCGCCCGAGAAGACGUGGGUGCGGAGGCCCCGGCCUCUGUCCAUGGACCUCACGGCCCCGUUUGAGAGCAGAGAGGCCUUGCUGAGGAAGGCCGCGGGCGAGGCCGCCGCAGGUCCCCCCAGCCAGCGCCGGGGGCCCGAGAGGCUCCCCCCGGAGUCCCCCGGGGACGGGGAGAGUCCGGUCAAAGCAGAGGCUCCCCUCCCUGACGCAGACUCCGACUUCCUAGAGGUGGCCAAGAAGAUCCGCGAACGGAAGGAGAAGGUGCUCUCCAAGCAGGCCGAGCUGGGCGGCCUCAGAACCGCGGGGGGCUCAGCCAGGGCCCCCCCCACAGACGACCAGAAGCCCGGGGGAGAGAAAGCCAGGCUGGACACAGAGCCAGAGAAGGCUCCCGAGUCCCCUUCGCCCAGGCCGGGCAAAGGCCGAGAGACGGCGGAGGUGAAGAGCAGAGCGUCCGACGGGGAAAUCCGGCCCCGGGGAGAGUGGGUCUCCAGGGGCAGCGUCAAGAAGCGCCUCAGCCUGUUCGGGGAGGAGAACGCCUUGGCCCUGGCAGGGGGGUCUGAACCCCCGCCGGCCACCCCCGAGUCCCCAUCGGCUGCUCCGGAGCCCGAGAAAGCAGGACCGAGCGUCCAGGAUCGGAUCAGAGGCUGGGCCACCGAGAACUCCAAGGUCAAGCCGGAGGUCAGGAGGAGGGCGUUCCAGGCUCGGCCACUGUCGGCGGAUAUGACCAAACUGUUUUCAAGUUCAGCUUCAAGCAGUGAAGUCAAGUAUGAGAGGUGCUCGGAGCUGAGCGGCGAGCUUGCUAAGGAGCCGAGAGAAAAGCAAAAGGAAGGGCCUGGUCUGGACGGGACACCUGCUCCAAGGAGCCCCUGGCAGCCUGGGACGCCCCGGGAGAAGGCCAGGCAGGCGCCGCGGAAGGACAGUUCUAACCAGGUCCCCAGCAGCUGUCGCGGGGCAGGCUCGGCGGGGGCCCCGAGCUCCUCGGACAGCACCCCAGAAGACGAGGGAGGCUUCCAGACCGUGAGGGCCACCGUGUUUGAGCAUCACGUGGAGAGACACACUGUGGCUGACCAGUCGGGACGCCGUCCCUCGGCCACACCCCCCGGUGCUGUGACCCAUGUUUCGGAGCCCCGGCCCAGGCCCGAGAGAAGCUCGUGGCUGGGGAAGGACCCCCCAGAAAAGACGAUCCUCAAGAAAGAGAAUUCGAGGUGGUCAGAAAUCCCCGACACCGCGAGAGUGGGAUGGACUCCCCUCCUGAAUGGGGACCCCAAACAGCAUCACACGCCUCUCCCGGAAAGGUCCCCUCUGGGCGAGAAACGCAGUAGUCACCCCUUCCUGACGUGCUUGGAGCACCCUCCCAGGUCACAGAGGGUUGAGCCCAAGUACGACGUCAUGCACACAGUGGGGGAGCGUGCGCACAGUGAGGCUGUCGCCACGGCGCCCGAGGAGAAAGCCGUGGAGCUCCGGAGCGGCGGCGGCAGGGCCCGGCUCUCGCUGAAGGGGAGGCAGCUGUCCCCCGACGUCACCCCUGCCGACCCGGAGUGCAGGCCGGACAGUCAGGCGGGCUCCGUCCAAAGGGCCAGUCUGAUCUGGGAAACUCGAGGGACGCAAGAGGUCAGCGGGCCCAUCCCUGACCCCCGAGAGCCGCAGGGCACGUCCGGGGGCAGUGGCCUGUCCCCCAAGCGGAAAGGCGGGGCGGCCGGGAACUGGCACAGAGCCACCCUGGUGGUCAGCGAUGACGGCGGCUCGGCAGUGAGCCCUCCGGUCCCCGGCGAGCGUUUGGCCAGGCCCUGGGGCCCCGAGGCCACCGGUGUGAGCACCGUCCAGGCCGCCAGCAGCGAGGCCCAGCGCCCGGGGCCCGAGGGGGCCAGGAACAAGCCGGGAGGCUGUGCCGCGGCGGGAGAAAGGGCUGCUCUCCGGGGCUGCCCUCCCGACGCUCCUUCCAGAGCCAAGGAUGAGCCCUCUGACCUCCUCCGAGCGCGGCCGCCCCCUGACGGGCUCGUGCAGAAAGGGCCCUGCGUGGCGGCCGCCGGGGAGGGUGAGCGGAGGCCGGCCCCGGCCCCCGAGCCUGAAGUCAGGAUGCGGAGGGGGAGCCCCGGGGACCAGCGAUUCGAGAAGUGGAGGCGGCGGACGUUGCCCCACGACGUGAAGUUUGAGGAGUUCAGCUUCCUGUCUUCGGAGGGGGAGCAGCCGCGCCCCGAUGACCUGAGCCCCAGCGCAGGCGUGAGGAAGCCUCAGCCAUCCCGCAGCAGGGUGGAGGCCCAGGAGGGGGACCCGGCUCUCCCAGCCGUGAGGCCAGGGCCGUCUGGGGAACCCAGGGCGACCUUUUUUGCAGUGACAUAUCAGAUCCCCGAUGCUCAAAAAGCAAAGGGUGUUGUUAAGCCCGGGCCCGGAAACUUGACGGAACAUUCUAGAAAAACAGCUCCGCCUCCCUCGCCUCAUCCUUUAACUUCCACCUUGGUUUCUCCCAGCCCUGAAGAGCCUCCGGAGACCGUGGGCAGUAGGAGCCGGGCGCAGGGCAGAGAGCUUGACAACGCCAGCGUUUCAAACACUCUAAAGCCAACAGAUGUUUCAUCGCCUCCUGGGGACAGGAUUCUGGAUCUUUCCACCGAAAGAAUCUUCGAUGCAGACGCUGUAUGUGUCCAUCGGCGACCAGAAGGCCGCACUGGGUUUCAGAACGACUGGAGGGAAGGUGGGAGCAAGACGUCCCCCAGUAGCGCUCCCCAAACCAUCCCUGCUUUCCAAAGUUGCCCGAAAGCCGGGGACCCCCUCGUCAGAAGGAGGAGCGAGAGGGUCAGCGAGACGUCCCCGGGCAGAGUCGCAGGUGGCUACAGAUCCAGCGUUCUUGACAUUGACGCCCUGAUGGCCGAGUACAAGAAGCCGGAGGCUCCGGAGCGGACGGAGGGGCCGCCCGCAGAGCCUGGCUGGGCCCAGGAGCGGCCAGGCCCGCGAGGCGGGGUGGACCGGAGGCGGAGGAGCCUGAAGGAGGGGCCCGACGACGAGGGUCCCCGGAAACAAGCCAGUUUUGCUGAAACAAGCCACGGUUCUAGUCCAGCCUCUGGCAAGCAGCUGGCCGAGACCCCGGGGGCCCCCACGAGCCCCAAACUCAGCCCUCCUCUGUGGGCUCUGCCGCCCGGGGCUCCUGACAAACAGCCAGGGGCCUCUCCCGGCCCCGGGGGUCCCGGGAAGAAGAUCUCGGGAACCGCUGAGGACGAAGCCAAGGCCUUUGCGAGUAAACAUCACGGUGCAAAGCGUCAGGAUUACCCGGCCGCCUGGGAGGACCCCAGCAGUGCAGCCGGGGUGUUGCCCAAAUCCUCCCCAGUGGACAAGAAGAAAGGGACCCCGAGGAAAUCCACCGGGCGGGGAGAGGAGGGCCAUGCGGCCCAGUGGGGUGACCACCCGCACUAUGGCAGGUCACCGCUGGACGUCAAAAGGGCCUCUUCGGAGAAGGGUGCCCCUGCCAAAAUCCGAGAGGGCCUGUGCAUCAUGCAGGAAGCCAGAGAGAGGAGGCGAGAGCAGCCCAAAGGGAGGCCCAGCCUCCCUGGGGAGAGUUCGGAGGCCAAGGAAACCAAAAUGGGGCCCUGUCGGCGGGACUCGGGGACUCGAGACAGCCCAAAGGUGACAUCACGAGACCUGGGGAGGGAGGAGGCCCUCCAGGACAGCGAUCCGCCUCUCCAGCAGGUGUCCCCUGUGGCCUUGGGCCCCCGGAGGAGCCACAGCUUCUGCAAGGACAAGAGGAGCGGGGCCUUCGUGGAUCAGCUGAAACAGUGCUUCUCCAGGCGGCCCCCCGAGGCCAAGGACACCGACACCCUCGUACAGGAAGCCGACAGCCAGUAUGGGACGUGGAGGGACCAGCACCAGAGCGGGGAGAGCGUGGCCCCUGAGUCUCCGUCCCCGGACAGCAGUGCCGCGUCGGCGUGGAAGCAGCCCUCCAGCAGCCGCUUGUCCUCACUGUCCUCCCCGACGGAGGCCACCUCGGCCGGGGACCAGCAUGACUGCCCCAGGGACCAGCGGAGCACCAGCGUGGACCGCUCCAGCACUGACCUGGAGUCCACUGACGGGACCGAGGGGCCGCCCCCGCCAGACACCUGCUCUACAAAGAAAGUAGAUGACUUCUCCUUUAUCAAUCAAACCUCAGUCCUCGACUCAAGUGCCCUCAAGACCCGGGUACAGCUCAGCAAGAAAAGCCGCCGCCGGGCUCCCAUCUCCCACUCCCUCCGGCGCAGCCGAGUCAGCGAGUCAGAGAGCAGGUCUCCUGUGGAGGAGGAGGAUGACACCAUGUGGAUGUUCAAGGACUCAACAGAAGAGAAAUCCCCCAGGAGAGAAGAGUCCGAUGAGGAGGAGAAGCGGUCUGAGAGGUCACCCAGCAGCCAUCCCCAGAGGAUGCCUAUGUUUCCGGGCAUCGACCCGGCCAUGCUCAAGGCGCAGCUGCACAAGAGGCCAGAGGCGGACAGUCCCAGCGAGACCCCCGGCUGGGCCCCCCAGCCCAAGACCCCCAAAUCCCCCUUCCAGCUGGGCAGUCGCGUGCUACCCACCAGCUUUGAGAAGGACGAGAGAUCAGGAGAGACCUCGCCCCAGUGGCUAAAGGAUCUGAAAUCUAAGAAGAGGCAAAGCCUGUAUGAGAAUCAAGCUUGACCAGGGCUCUCCCUUCCUCUCCAGACGGGGACACCGCACGUCUAAAGAACAGAAGCCUUAACUGUCAGACCCCCAAGACGAGGCCACGUGCUGCCGUUCCCUCCUGCACAGCAGUCACCUGCCUGGGCCCCGCCUUCCGGUCAGUGCAGACGCUGCCCGGGCUCCACCCUCCGCAGGCUCUCAGGAUGGACCAGAUCGGACCGGAUCAGGCGGAAAGGCUCCCUCUUCACGCACCUGCACGCCUGCCAGACAGCACUUCAGGCUGGGAAAGAAGCCAGGCUGCCCAGAAAUGUCCCUGUUGGCAGUUUUGUUGCGGUUUUUAAUGUAAAAGUGCAUUUCCGCCCACGUAAGCAGCAGCUCUGGGGCACGGCUCAGUUCUGGAAAGCACCUGAACUGUGAAGCGCCUCCUCCCCUCCCCUCCCAGGGCAGGUCUUCCCCAGAGGACUUUCGGAGGAGGGAGGAGCCGCUCAUUUCCUGCUGGUGUGUCAGGCAGCACUUGGGGUGGGCGUCCUGAUUGCUUUUCGGCCAGUUCCCCCUCCCUCUCGGAGGCUCCGAAGUUCCCAUGUUAAGCGUCCGCUUGCUGUGUUGAUCCUUCCACGGGGCUGUGCGCAUAGCUGACCUCCUUUCUUGCGUGUCACGUUUGUUUGCUGUCGAAGGUGAUAAAGCAAUAAUGCAGCCAGUUUCCCUCGAACACGGACAUGUAUAUACGUUUUCACAUUAAGGAACGGGAGAGAAGAGGUGUGGCUGCUUUGCCGGGAGUGUCUGAUCAUCUCAGGUUAUCUUGUCCCUAUCCGAGCUUUUUGUAAAAAUUCCGAUGGUCACCCUUGUGUAUAGCUCCCUGGUUUCUUUCCCUUCUGAUCUCUGGUUUCUGUGGAGGGACCUUUGUCCCUUGGCCUCCAGGUUCAUAAGCUGCAGCCCCUGGCAGUGCCUUUCCCACGGGGCCGUCAGACCCGCCUGGGGUUUCCCGGCGUGGAUUUCCAUCACUGCCUGCGCUGCAGGGAAGAGCUGGUCGCAGUGGCCUCGCUGAGCAGAUGCAGGGAUGAGGGGCUCUUGUGUUUCUACUCACCUCUUCCUUUACCAGCCCUCCCCCUGCAUCCGCCAUCUUUUUAGGUCCAGAUGAAGGGAAGGGGUCUUGCUGAAAGCCCUUCAGACCCCAGGCCAGGGACGCAGACAGAGCGCUGGAUGCUGGGGGACAGAGCGGAGGUUUACCUGCCUCUUUCCCUUGCUGUCUCUCCUCUGUCCUUCUCUUUGGAAAUCCUCCACACCGGCCUCCUCCACCUGCGAAGCCCAAGGCCCCAGCAGACGUCCCAGAGAUGCCUGCUGGCCAUCUGCCACGCCUGGAGUCGCCAUAAACUGUGUGCCAACCUUCCCGGGAGACGCCCUUGCUGAGAGAGAUGCUUGGGCAGCUCUCAGGGCGGCCGGUGGUGGCCGAGGGGCCCUGGGGCUCAGUUUCCUCGUGGACACAUAGACCGCAUUCGCUAGAUCUAGACACAUGCUCCCCACCCCACCCCCGUAACUCCCCAAAAGGUGAAAAUCUUCAUAAAUCCCAUUAUUUGCACAUGGCGUCAAAACAUACCUCCUUCCCAGCCACCUCUCCAGGAGUUAGUGUGUCUGCCCAUCGCUCUGUUUGCAUCAUCUCCCUUUGCCUCCCUCUCCUCCUGGGAGUGGGCAGUGGUGGACAGCAGUCGUGUCUCUGGGUUAAGACAGCCUGUGCCCUGGGGAGCGGUUCGCUUCAGCACCGCAGACAGUGACCGGAGUCGCCUUCCCUGAGUCCUGCGGGCUGAGCUCCGGCUGCUUCCUGGUGGGCACUGGUUGGACGCUGUCGCCCACCCAUCCUGUGGGUCUGGAAGCCUCGUGCAUCUGUGUGUGGAGGUCUGGCCCUGCUUGAUCAUAGCUGUACCCCUUCGUUCCCUGAGUAAGUGGUUGAUCCGCUCUCUCUGGCCGUUGGGGGAUUUAAUUCCUCCAGGAACUGCUGGUUGACUUUUGUUGCUCGUGCUUUACAACAGCGUUGAUGUGGUGGCUUUCCUGGUCAGGGGUCCCCUUGGGGCACUGCUCAUUCCUUUCUCAGCUGCUGCUUUCUUUGUCCUGAAGGUGGGAAGGGCCCCUGGCACCAUCUCAGGCAGAGGAAGUGGCCCAUUCUGUCCAGGGAGUGUAGCGCACUCAUCACGCAGAACGCUCAGUUCUGAAUUAGUCAUGUUUUAGCCCAAGUUUACCCGACAGGAAAGAAAAACACUUGAAAAGGAGAUCUU